AUGUUCUCUCAGAAGGUUGCUCAGCAGUCGCUGCGUCGGCUUGCCGUCCAGCAGCCGCUUGCCAUGCAGUGGUCGAUGAUGCGCGCCUCCCCGGCCGCCAUCGCUCUCGGAAAGGGAAUCCAGUCGAGACCCGUCACCACCUCUCCCAACACUGAGGACCCGAACCAGAUCCUGGCCAAGCAGCGCUUGAACCGUCCCGUCGCCCCUCAUCUGACCAUCUACAAGCCCCAGAUCGGCUGGAUCGGCAGUUCCUUGCACCGUAUCACCGGUGUCGCCCUCUCCGGCUCUCUCUACCUGUGGGCCACCGCAUACCUCGCCUCCCCCGUUCUCGGCUGGCACCUGGAGUCCGCCUCCAUGGUUGCUGCUAUGGCUGCUCUCCCCAUCGCCGCCAAGAUUGCCUUCAAGGCCACUCUUGCCCUCCCCUUCACCUACCACUGUAUGAACGGCGUCCGCCACCUGACCUGGGAUACCGGCCGCGCUCUUACCAACCCCGCCAUUAUCAAGUCUGGCUGGGCUGUCAUUGGAUUGAGCGUCACCAGUGCCAUCGCUCUUGCUUUCCUGUGA